AUGACAAAAUUUAAAAAAAAUAUUGAUGGAACACCAUUACUUUCAUCAACAUUUAUAAAUGAUCAAAAAGAUGAUGAAUAUUAUAGUAUUUAUGGUGGUGGUGAUAACAGUGCAGGGAGUAGUAAUAGUGUUGGUGAAAUGAGUCCAACAAUUACUUCAUCAUUAAUUAAUUCAUCUGAUAAGAAUUCAUCAGAUUUAUAUAAUCAACAAUUAAAUUAUAAUACUAUAAAUAUAAAUAAAAAUAAUAAUUCAAAUAUCAAUAAUAAUAAUAAUAAUAAUUAUAAUUACGAUAAUGAUGAACAAGAUAAUAAAAAUUAUUUAGAAUCAAGUAGUGAUAAAAUUUUUUCACUAUUUUAUAAUCAAUCUAUACUCUAUCAAAAUUAUUAUACAGAUUGUAGGAUUUUAGUGAUAACAGGUGAAAAAGAUGUUGUAAGAAUUUCAUUAGAUGAAUUGUUUAUUAUAAUUGAAGAAAUUAGAAAAUUCGAUCCAACUUUAUCUUCAACAAUACAAAUUAAUCCACCAACUACAACAACCACAACAACAACAACUACUACUACAAAUAAUAAUAAAAAUAAUAAAAAUAAUAAUAAAAAAGUAAAUAAUGAAAAGAUUAAUUUAAUAAUUCAAGAAUAUUUUAAUAAUGCAGAAAAAAGUUUUUGGAUUGAUAUUUAUGGAUUACAAGAUGAUGAAUUAAUUACAUUAUGUAAAGCAUUAACUAUUCAUCAUUUAAAUGUUGAAGAUAUUUUAUCAAAUGAUACAAAUGAAAAAUGUGAAUCACAUGAUAAUUAUUUAUUCAUUGCAACUUCUGAAAUGGGUAGACAUUCAACUAAUGCUUCAAAGAAUAGAGGACUUUACAAACCAAAUCAUUAUACAAAUAAUAAACAACAACAAUAUUCCUCUUCUUCAACUUCUUCAUAUAUAAAUAAUAGAAAUAGAAAUAAUAAUAAUAAUAAUAAUGAAAAUAAUAUUUAUAAAGAAUUAAUUGAAAAUUUCUUUUAUAUGUUUUUAUUUAAAAGAAUAAUUUUCGUAUUACAUUCUGUAGAAUUGGAUAGUUUUAAUGAUGUUUUCAAAUCAUUUAGACAUUUAAAGAAUGAAAAGAAAUUUUUAACAUCUCCAGAAUGGGUACUUUGUAAUUUCUUGGAUUCAAUAAAUGAUUUAAUAUCUUUGGAAAGUGAUAGAAUGAUGACGGAAAUUUCAAAAUUGGAUGAAUUGUGUGAUUUAAAAGAAUCUGAUAAUGAUGAUGGUGAUGAUUAUUAUUAUGAUGAUGAUGAUUUUAAUAAUAAUACAAAGAGAAGGAAUAAAGGUUUUAUCAAUAAAAUUUUAAAUUUCUUUAAUGACGGUGGAGGUGGUGGUAGUGAUAAUGGUGGUGGUGGUGGUGGUAAAAGUGAUGAUUAUAUAAAUUCAACUGAAUUAUAUAUUAGAAUUGGUAAAGCAUCAAAAAGAAAUACAAAUAUUUUAUCAAACUUAUUUAAUAAGGAUGUUUUAUUAUCAUCAUUAUCAAGACAAUCAUUCAGUUUAAGGGAUACUAAAAUAUUUGUAUUACAUAUUAAUAAUAAAUCAAAACGUUUAAAAGAGAGAAUUAAAUUAUGUGAAGAACUAUUGGAGGGUAUUCAUGCCAAUUAUAUAAAUAAAGUAUCCCUUGUAUUAAAUGAAGAAUCUCAUGCUCUAACUAUUAGUAUGAAGAAAUUUGCAAAUUACAGUUUGGUUUCUUUUCCACUAAUACUCAUUGCUACAAUAUUUGGAAUGAAUUGUAGAGUACCUGGAAUGAUUGGAUUUUUGGAAGAAGGUGAAUCUGGUGUAAUCUAUUUUUAUAUUAUUAUUUUAUCAAUGUUAAUUAUUGGUAUUUUAACUUCUUAUUUAUAUAAGAAAAUUGGUUGGAUUGAAUGA